GCGGGGCUCGGGGCUCGGGGCUCGGCCUGAAGCAGCUCGCUUGUCGGCUGGAGACGCACCAGUGAGGAUUUAACCUUCUUCUCCGGAGAAUCUCUCCAUUGAGCAGAGGAGGAAGAGGAGGAGGAGGAAGAGGAGGAGGAGGAAGAGGAGGCUCAGGGCCUUCAUCAGGGUCAGAACUUUGUCCAGGGCCCGUUUGGAAGAAGCAUUUUCCCUUCUCGGAAACUUCUCCAUCACCGCCACCUGUCAGAUGAAGAAGAUGAGAACAGUGGUGCAGGUGAAACUGAGCUGUGGCUCAGGAGGUAGAGCGGGUGGUCCAUUAACCAGAGUGUUGGUGAUUUGAUCCCUGGACUCCGCAUGCUGAGACAAGCUUUCUUCCAGAUACCCAAAACCAUCUGAAAAGGGAAUUCAUCAGAGAAAAUGACUUCACCCAGUCCUCAUCAGUCCAACCCCUGCACCUUUGGCAGAAUAUCAGUCUGUCCCUGAGGUUGUUCCUGGAGAGAAGAUGAUUUUUUGCUGCCCUUCUUGACACCAGGCCAUCCUCCAAACCUCUUCACCUCACUGUGCGUGAAGAUGCACUCACACCUGCCUGCUGUCAUUCCUGAGCCAGCUCUUCACUGGUGGUGACCCGAUCCCACAGCUGGAUCAACUUUAGGAGACGGUCCUGGCACUUGCUGGAGUCUCUUGGGCGCCCUGAAGCCUUCUUCACAACAAUUGAACCUCUCUCCUUGAAGUUCUUGAUGAUCAGAUAAACGGUAAACAUGGUUAACAGAGGAAGAACAAUGAUUCAAGCACCACCCUCCUUCCAAAGCUUCCAGUCUGCUGCUCUGUCUCAACCAGUUGACAGAGUGAUCUCCAGACCAGUCCCUGUGAACUCUCUCCUCUGUGUUAGCAAGAGAAGCACUGACCUGAUGUCAGCUGGUCUUUCUGUGGCAGGGCUGAAAUGCAGUGGAAAUGGCUUUUGGGGAUUAAGUUCAUUUUCGUGGCAAAGUGUGACUUUGCAAUUAAUUGCAAUUCAUCUGAUCACUCUUCAAUACAUUCUGGAGUGUAUGCAAAUUGCCAUUCUCAAAACUUUUGGCCACGGCUGUAGAUUCAUCUCUGCUUGAUCUUCUAGAUUUUAAACUACAGAUCUAACCCCCCCCCCCCCCCCAGGUUCAAAGGACAGAAUAAACAGUAACAGCUCAACGUGUGAGUGACAUGUAGAAUAAAACUGUUAAAUAAAUAAAUAAUAAUAUUCCAUCAUCUACUGUCUCCACAGCAACAAACCGUGAUCGUUGGAUUAACAAAGACGAGAAUCUUCGUUAAAACGCUUUGUUCCAGAUAAACUGAUUAAUACGAGGGGGGGGGGGUCCAGCAUGCUGCAGUGAGCAUGCUCCGGCUGCUGAUCGUGACCAUGGCCAUCUUCGGGGGGGGCCAGACGUGUGGCGGUCAGGACAACUGCUCGGCCAACAGCGAGUCCAAAGAUUACUGCUACUCUGCUCGAAUCCGCAGCACGGUGCUGCAGGGCCUGUCGUUCGGGGGCGUGCCCACCGUGCUCGCCCUGGACUUCAUGUGCUUCCUGGUGCUGCUCUUUGUCUUCUCUAUUCUGCGGAAGGUUGCGUGGGACUAUGGCCGCCUGGCGCUGGUCACCGACGCCGACAGACUAAAGAAGCGUUCCAGCAACGUGGAGGAACGGGAAUAUGUUGCCUCGGCUAUGCACUCAGAAACGCCCGACCGCUACGAGCGCCUCACGUCCGUCUCCAGCUCCGUGGACUUCGACCAGAGAGACAACGGCUUCUGCUCGUGGCUGACGGCCAUCUUCAGAAUAAAGGAUGAAGAGAUCAGAGAGAAAUGUGGGGAGGACGCUGUUCACUACCUUUCCUUCCAGCGCCACAUCAUCGGCCUGCUGGUCGUGGUCGGAGUCCUCUCCGUCGGCAUCGUCCUGCCCGUCAACUUCUCUGGAGACCUUCUAGAAAACAACGCUUACAGCUUCGGACGCACCACGAUAGCCAACCUUCAGUCUGGGACGAAUCUGCUGUGGCUCCACACCUCGUUCGCCUUCAUGUAUCUGCUCCUGACCGUCUACAGCAUGAGGAGACACACGUCCAAGAUGCACUACAAGGAGGACGACCUGGUGAAACGAACUUUAUUCAUUAACUGCAUCUCUAAAUACGCUGAGGAGAGUCAGAUCAAGCAGCACUUUGAACAGGCGUAUGAGAACUGCACCGUGCUGGAGGCUCGGAUCUGCUACAACGUGGCCAAGCUGAUGUCUCUGAAUGCAGAGAGGAAGAAGACGGAGCGCAGUAAGAAGUUCUUCACCGACCUGAUGGCCAAGGAACACGUUCCCACCAUGAUCAACCCCAAACCCUGUGGACACCUGUGCUGCUGCGCCAUCACCGGCUGCGAGGAGGAGGAGGCGGUGAGCUUCUACACCAAGAGAGAGUCCAAGCUGAAGGAGGAGUACAGGAAGGAGAAGGAGAAGGUCCACACCAAGCCGCUGGGCAUGGCCUUCGUCACCUUCCAGAACGAGUCCAUGACCUCUGUUAUUUUGAAAGAUUUUAACGCGUGUCAAGUUCAGGGAUGUCGGUGUCGACAGGAGCCGCGCUCCUCCCAGUUCAGUGAGGUUCUCCACGUUCACAACUGGAGCGUUUCAUACGCACCUGACCCGCAGAACGUCCGCUGGGAACAUCUGUCGCUGGGUGGGAUCUCCUGGUGGAUCCGCUGCUUCAUCAUCAACUGCAUCCUCUUCCUCCUGCUCUUCUUCCUCACCACACCUGCCAUCAUCAUCUCCACAAUGGACAAGUUCAACGUCACCAAACCCGUCGAGUAUCUAAACAAUCCCAUCGUCACUCAGUUCUUCCCGACUCUGCUUCUCUGGGCGUUCUCUGCUCUGCUGCCGACCAUCGUCUAUUACUCUGCGUUCUUCGAGGCUCACUGGACCAGGUCUGGAGAAAACAGGACAACGAUGCACAAGUGUUACACCUUCCUGAUCUUCAUGGUGCUGCUGCUUCCUUCUCUGGGCCUCAGCAGUCUGGAUGUCUUCUUCCGUUGGCUCUUCGAUAGAAAGUUCCUGGCUGAUGCUAAAGUCCGAUUUGAGUGCGUCUUCCUGCCGGAUAACGGAGCUUUCUUCGUGAAUUAUGUCAUCGCCUCUGCGUUCAUCGGAAACGCCAUGGACCUGCUGAGGAUCCCGGGUCUGCUCAUGUACAUGAUCCGACUCUGCCUGGCUCGCUCGGCCGCCGACCGCCGCAACGUCAAGAGGCACCAGGCCUAUGAGUUCCAGUUCGGAGUGGCUUACGCCUGGAUGAUGAACGUCUUCACGGUGGUGAUGGCCUACAGCAUCACCUGCCCCAUCAUCGUCCCCUUCGGUCUGAUGUACAUGCUGCUGAAACACCUGGUGGACCGAUACAACAUGUACUACGCCUACCUGCCGUCCAAACUGGACAAGAAGAUCCACUCGGGAGCCGUCACCCAGGUGGUGGCUGCCCCCAUCCUCUGCCUCUUCUGGCUGCUCUUCUUCUCCACUAUGCGCACAGGUUUUGAGACAGCGACCUCCAUGUUCACUCUGGUGGUGCUGAUCGUCACCAUCGUGGUCUCUCUGUCCCACAUCUGUUUCGGACACUUCAAGUACCUCAGUGCUCACAACUACAAGAUCGACACCAAGAAGGCUGAUGCAGCCACUGUUGAGAACGGACGUCCAGCUCGUCCCACGUCCUCGCCCGUCACCAAAUCUCAGCAGCAGCAGCAGCAGCAGCAGCAGCAGAUGUACAUCGCCCAGGUGCUGCAGGACCCAAACUCGGACGAGCCAGGGGGGGGCAGCGGCGAGGAGGACCGCGGGUCAUCCCAGGAUGAGGAGCUGCUGAACGGAGGACACAGCAUCAACGAGGCGGAUUUCCAGUCAGGGGAGGACAGUCUGAUAGCCAACGAGGUCCGCCAGUAGCUGGAGGUGGAACCAAAGGGAGCAGGCGGAGCUAGCUGAGUCCUCACCCACACAACAUGUGGAGAAUUAAUGUGAAUCACAACACAAAUGCAGAUAAACAAAAAGACAGACACAGUUAGCUCCACCCCCUCCCUGCUCGAAGACUUGACCCUGAUCUUUGACGCCGGCGCUGGGUCGCCAGUAUCCAGUCCUGCUUGUCUGUGGAAACUUGGUGGACAUCAAACUGUUUCGCAGGAAGUCACUGUACAUAACCACAAAGCCAAAAGUUUUCUUAUUUGUUUGAGGACUGGGUUUAAGAUGUUGUGCCUGGGCUGGACUUUGUUUGUUCGUCCUCGUGUCGUGACUCAUCAUCCCCCCCCCGGGUCGCAGGGACUCCGACCAGGGUCAGAGCUGACGCUGUCUUUUUCCUUGGACUGGUCAACGCCACCAAACUAUUCCUGCUGUUGCCGUCCUCCGGUAUCGGAGAGCUAAUAAUUCGCCAAUCUCUCGUAGUGGUAGAAGCUUUGCUUACGCAGACGCAUCGCGGCCUCCUUUCCCUUUUCACUUUCUCCUCUUUCUGUUUCUGGAACCCGUCGGUUGUGGAUUUUGCUCGAACAUUCAACUCAUCACCUGGAAGUUUUGGAUUUUUUUGAUCUGCCAAGCUUGUGCUGCAUGUUGCUGUCUGCGUUGAAGACAUCGCCUCCAAGCGAUGUCCGACAUCACAGGACUGUAGUGAAAGCAUCUGAUCUCCAGUCAGUCCCAGCAGCACGUCCCCCCCCCCCCCGCUGAAUGAACGUACAGCUUCUGGCUUUAGUUGGACGACUUCUCGGCCAUCGAACAACUGGAUUCAACACAAGGAUUCCUUCCUUCCUCAGUUUUGACUUCACCUGAACUACCUUAACUAAUGAAUACAAGACAAAGGGAACGGGGAUGUCUGUGUCUGUGUAGGUUCAGCGAUCACGACUCUUCAUUGGCGGGAGAACUUUGUGAAGACGCUCUGUUGUGUCCAGGUUUCCACCGGACCGUGGAUCCUCAGCACCUGAAGCUGUCAGGAAGGACUCUCAAGGGAAAACGUGUUGUGUGUGUGUGUGUUUCGAAGUUUGUGUGUGUGUGUGCGUGUGUGUGCGUGUGUGUCCAGUAGCUAAUCGUACACCAGCCUUCAGAAUCAAAGGUUCAUCACCAUGUAACCAAAACACCACGUUCGGCUAACACUAACCAUGUUUGACACUAAAAGUCACUUGAUGUUGAGUCUUUUCACUUUUUGGUCCUGGACGUUUUAGCCUAGCAUAGAACAAAAGACCAACCAGGUGCUUGUUGUAUACGUUGUAUCUUCUUGUUAGCAUCUUUCAAAGGCUUCUUCGAUAUUAAGAUUGAAAUAUUAGUGUAUUGGUCCAGUUAGGUUUGCACCCCUGGCUCUAGUCGACAAAAUCCAGUUGUCUCCUGUGUGGAUUUGGUGAGCUAGCUUGCUAGCUACCAAAACCUGAAACACUUGACCCUUGAAUCUGAGACGGAGGAUCUGUGUACAAAGCGUUAGAGCACAAAAUGGAGAACGUUAUCGUAGCUUAUCAGCUGUGUCAUCACGCUGCACUAGUGUAAACUCAUAGAUAGAGACAUGACGGACAGUUCACAGACUGUUUAUGCGUUUAACACUGGAGCCAAAGUGCCCCGUUACCGACCGAGCUAACGAACUAGCUAACUGUCAUUCUACUUCUUUUUCUCUUUUGAUGGAGCUAAACUCACUGUUUCCUGUCUUUGUGCUGAGCUAGGCUAAACAUGUCCUGGACAUAGCUUAGAAAAAUCUAUGACGUAGCUGAAUUUAAUCAAAAGGACAUUGAAUUAUCAAACAUCAAGAAAAUGUUAACUAGAUAAAUGUUCAUCAGUUUGAGAAUUGACUGUAACGUUGAUACUGUUACGGCCAAGCUUCGGACACAGAGGCUGAGGCGGAAGUAAAGUUUAAGUAUAAUUUAUUGGAAGUCCAAUAAUACGGGCAGGCAGGCAGGAAGGAAAGCAAGCAGGCAGGCAGGGGCUGGAGUCGGGGCAGUAGUCCAGCUGCUGGUCCUGGGCAGGGAGACAGAGGAAGUCAGACAGGGAAUGAACAGGACCUUUUCGGAAAUCUUAAAUAUUGUCUGUGACAACUGACUGUAACUUAGUCUAUAGUCCGGCACCGACUGAGAGGAGCUUUUAAAGGCAGCUGGUCAAUCAAGGCCCCAACUCCAGCACACCAGGCCCUCAUCAGUAAUUACUGACGCCACCUGCACACACAAGCGAGAGAGAGAGAGAGAGAGAAACUAGAAGGCAGGUGAGGCAGGGGCCAUGACAGAUACAGAAUCUUUUGAUUGUUGUCAUCACUUCCUUCCUGAUCGGAUAUCAGGCUUCGUCCGAUUGUUCUUGUUUAGUCGAUUGUCUCUACUCACGUUCACUUUAUCCUCGUGAUCACAGCUUUCACUCGAUUUCUAUAAAAAGCAUGUUUCUAGUUUCCCCUAUACAAAUUUCUAAUGGACAUCUGUCAUCCAAUCAGCUUCUGGUAUUGGCUUGGUCAUUAUACAGUGAAGAAUGGUUGACGCUCUUCUACUUGCUUCUAACUACAGAGUCGUGGUUGCUACACCAACCUCUGUUCUUCAGAGCAGUGAAGAACAGGUCAGAUAUGAAUGAACAUUAAUUCAAGUUAUGAAAUGAUGACCGUUAGUUAGCAACUUAAAUUAAUAUUUGCUCCAUGAUAAGUUCCAUGAGUUUCUUGAAGUUACAGCUAGCUAACUCUGUCAUGGGUAAUGUUGGAAUGGCCGAUGACAUUAGCUUAAACUAACAAAUAAGUGUAUUAGCUAAUGAUGUGCUGACUCUUAGCCUUAGUUAGUACUGUGGGUACUAAGCUAGUUGUCAGGACAUGCUAACGCUAGCAGGUUAUACGAGUAGAUAAACUAAAACGGACCAAACGGGUCAAGGCAAGGAAGGCUCUCAUGAAAGACUUAACCCAGUGGCAUCAUGGGAAAUGAACUGGGAUUCAUGCAUCCAUGUCCUCACCUCAGCUUUAACAUUUCUUUUUCAAUAGGUAUAAUUCAAGUCCAUUAACUGUGUCUUGUGCUGGAGGUCCUCUUACUAGAAGACGACUGUGGCUGAUCUGAGUCGAGACUUCCUGGUGUCCUAUGAUGAUUCAUAUCUGAAUUAAGCCCUAGUGGUCAACUUCAGUAAUGCAGUACGAUUAAAUACAUAAGUAAUGACACAGUCCUUGAGCAAAUGUUUGUGUAGAUUUAAAGCAAGUAUAUGUUUGGAUGGGGGGACAUUAUUGGUUGCCUUUGCAACAGGAAAUCGAUGCUGACAUGGCGAUGCAACAACCGACAGAAUAACACAAACUAUACACAACACAAACUAUAUACAACACUAAGGUUCAGUGCAGCGACGUGCCGACAACGAAAUAGUCUCAGGAUGUUAGUUUUCCUACAAUAAUGUUUACAUCAGUUUUUGUUUCUCAUUUAAAUUUGUCAUGUUGUUCUGGUGUGUGUGUGUGUGCGUGUGCGUGUGCGUGUGUGUGUCACAGGGCUGGACUAUGAAAGCUGUAGCCACCAGGAUGUUAGUUAUAGUCUGGUGCUACACGCCGGAGAACCUGCAGCACUUGUGUCCCGAGGAUGUAGAAGUAUUUUGGUUUCCUCUUCACUUCCAGCCGUCGUCCCUCAGGCGCUCCGGCCGUGAUUGUUUGCACGUGGCAGUGAAGCUGAUGGAGCGUCACAAUGGAUCUGAGGCCGGAGGUCCAGCAGCUCUCAGUCUUGAGGUUUCAUCUGGAGGUUCAGCUCAGUGAUCAGAAAUCUCUCGUCUGCUGGAGAAUCAGUUGCUAGAUAAUCUUAAAGUUUUCUGACAAUCUUGAAAUCGGACUUAAAUUUGGCCGAACAUUACUGGAAUGUCCGUUCAGGAGCUGUUCUGGAGCUUUUGAUCAUAUCACAUGAGCUUCAGCAGCAGAUGGAAUAAGCAGUGAAGUGUAGAUGUUUAUUUUCUGAUAAUUUCAAGGAGGGUGGUUCAUAUCUGAAUGAAGAACACAUAAUAUGGUCAAAAGCUCCUGAACAUCUAGUUCAGUCAAAGUUCAGGAACUGUGACUGAAAUCUGAUUCUUGCCAUUUUUUGUUUAAAUAUUCAAAUUGCGUGAGAGCUCAGAUCUGCAGAUGCGAUUGUGAAUUCUAAACGAUCUGAGGGAUCUUCUGGUGACGAUGUUCUCUGACCACGAACCAGAGGUUAUAACACGCUAACAUGCUAAUAACCGUAGAAAAGAAGUGAUAGAAAGUGAAGAAAACAAAAGUUAAUGUUGGUGUUGUUUCACCUCUGGAGACAUCAGUUGAUAGAUUAGUGGGAUUAGCUAUGUAGCUAUAUACAUGUUGUUUUUACGAGUAAAAACAUGUAUAUAGCCCCUUUCAACAAAAACCUCCAGAAUUCUUCCACCAACCAGAUGCCUGGAGGCCAAAAGAGUCACACAUGGUUUGAUCCGGUUCAGUCCGGUUUGAUCCGGUUCAGUCUGGUUUGAUCCGGUUCAGUCUGGUUUGAUCUGGUUCUGGAGCUGAGCUGAAGGUUGAGAGCUGCUGGGUUCACUGACGUCUCGAUGUUAUGAAGCGAAGACGCUGGUGUAAAAAAAGUGUGAUAUUUUUGUAACUGACUGAAGUCUUUGAUACUGAAACAUGUUGAAGAAACGUCGAUAGCUUGUAACAUGUAACUAAAGGUUUUUAAUAAUCAGCCGCUGCUUUUUGCUUUUGGUAGUUUUUUAAAUUGUUGCUGAACUUACUGAAUUGUUUGAAAAUAAGAAUGUGAAGAGCUGAAAGCUACUGAACCUGAGAACAUGUGUAAAAAAUGUGUGUAAAUAUUCCUGGAACUGCACCGUCAUCAUCGGAGAUCAACACAACUCAGCGUCUCGUCGUACCGACUCCGAACUAACGUCUACUGGUCCAUUUCAUGCAUUUAAUUUAUUAAUGUGACACUAUUUAUUUUUACUUUGCUUUCCAGGUUCUAUGUACAGUGAAACGUUUGUCCUAUUUAUGUUACUUGAUCAAUAAAACUUACUUCAUCUUU